GAAGCUUGCAGCUUCAGAAGGCAUCAGAAGCAACCCAGCGAUCUGCAAAACAACUCAGCCUAACCAUGAAUUUCCUGUUCCUGUGCACUCUCAUCCUGAGCAUUGCCAUCUUCAUGGCUGCUGCCACUCCCAUGACCAAUGAUAAGGCCAAGGACGACCACUCCCGCCAUCAUCAGGUUGUGCGCAGCCUGCCGUUCUCCGCCGACGACAAGACUCCGCCCAAGCACGAUGAUGUCGCCUGCUGCGGUUAAGCAAAAGGACACCAAAGGCGUUAGAACACCUCCUUCCAUAAUAUUCAACGCCUUUAAAUCAUAAUAAAGAAGCAAUUUUGAAAAAUGUAAAA